UCUAAAGAAAAAGGUUCGCAUCGAUUUAUGUUUCUGAAUACCAAAAAAAAAAAAUGCAAAAGGACAAAACGCUCUUAUUUUUUGCUUAACUUCUCAUAACGAUGAUUCAUUAAUUCAGAUUAAUAUAAAUAGACUUUAAUAAUUACUUUUGGUUUUGGUGUUUAGUGUAUUUAUGGUACCGUGUGUUUAUUGAGAUGAGCAGUGAUCUCUACUUGCACAUGGCCUCCAUGUCCCUGUUCCCAUAUGCCGAUAAUUAUUUUUCAUUUUUUUCCCCAUUUUUUAUUAAUUGUUGCACGUACAAACAAACCCUUAAUCAUUGUUUUGGAAUUAUUUUUGCGAAUUCAUUAACAGUUAGCAAAGCACCAAGAGCAAAAUAAUUACCAUUUGAGUGGCUUUAAAGAAAAGGCAUAGCUGGUCUCAAGACAAUUAUAUUUUCAGCAGCAGAAAUGAACUAGUUGGAGCAAUCAGUGUUAUUGAUCAGUAGAUUUUGUGGUUUUUGUGAAAGUCUGUCCAAGUGUACAUGCUUAGUUAUUAUUAAUAUGUAAAGGGGGACAUCAAUGUGGUCAAAUGUGCACAGUCUGGAUGGAUGCAUGUGAAUCAGAGCAAGCAUUACAGAAACGAUUAACAGAAGAGACUAAAAGACCACCAUUGGUUUCUGCUGACAACAAAAAUGAAACCACUCGUCGGUCCCGAACCAGAGAAGUUAGUUCUAGGUAUAGGUCACCUACUCCAUCAGCAGACGCCAGUCCGAGUCAUUCGCCAACUGUUAAGGCAUCAUCAGCCUCAACUUUGCGAGCCCCAAAGAGGGCUAUAUCAGCCGAAAGGAAGCGCCCCUCAAGACCGUCAUCCCCACCUAGCCCAUCUCCAUCAACACCAAUCCACGAGACAACUGCAGAAAUGCUAUUCGCAUCCAGGAAAAUAGAAGGUAAUAAAUUACCAGAGUCUUUAUGGCCAUCUACAAUGUGCAAUCGUGGUGUUUCUUUUCAAUCAGAUACCUUGACUCUUCCUAUUAAUAAGAUGGAAAAAGCAGGGUCUCAUGCUCUUUCAGUUUGCAAUUUGAAGCCAUCAUCAAAUAUAGCCCAUAGACAGGGUGAAACUCCUCCUGAAUCUAGGAAGCCCACACCACAAAGGAAGAGCAGUCCACAUAAAGGAAAAAAUUCUGCUAAUCAGUCCGAGAAUUCUAGACCUGUCCAUAGUUUGCAUACUCGAUUAUUAGAUCAACAUCAGUGGCCAAGCAGGACCAGAGGAAAAGUAUCCUCCUACAUUUUGAACAGAAGUGUCGAUAUUACUGAAAAAAAUAGCAAAAUGUCAUCUUUCUCCCAUUCAGGAAUGGGUUCACAUCCCCUAAGGAGAUUAUCUUUUGAUGGGUCAACUAGACCUUUGCAAAAAUCUUCCAGUGACUUGUUAAGCUCAGUAUCUAGUGAUGAAUGUGAAAGUUCGAGUUCUAAUUGUUGUUCAACUGAUGUCAGUUCACUGCUCAUUCAAAAGCCUAGCUCUUCAAGUUCUUUUGAUAGAACACCUUUUGUGAAUCCUGCUGUUAGAUCUCAGUCCCUGUGUCGUGGCUCACGUCCUGCUUCACCCUCUGUAACUAAAGGGAUCAUUCCAUCUCGAGCAAAGACUGUCAGUUCCUCUUCAUCUAGAGGUCCAAGUCCUGCUCGGGUAAGACCAUCGAGCCCAUCCAGACAACCUCAGAGUUCAACUUCUGUUCUCAGUUUUAUUGCGGAUAUUAAGAAAGGAAAGAAGGCUGCAAAUCACAUAGAAGAUGUUCAUCAAUUGAGGCUGCUAUAUAAUCGACAGCUGCAAUGGCGGUAUGCAAAUGCCCAUGCAGAUGCUACAUUGCAUGUUCAGAAAGUAAAAGCAGAGAAAACAUUGCACAGGGUGUGGAGAACAAUUGUAGAUCUGUGGGAUUUGGUGAUCAAGCGAAGGAUUGACAUCCAGCAGCUGAGACUCAAAUUGAGGCUCCGCGCUGUUUUAAACAAUCAGGUUGCAUGCCUUGAUGAUUGGGCUGCGAUUGAAACACAACAUUCCAACUCAUUAUCGUGUGCUAUCCAAGAUCUGCAAGAUAGCACUCUCCUUGUUCCCAUUACUGGAGGAGCAAGGGGAGAUAUUGAUGUUGUUAAGGCAGCUGUAUGCUCGGCCCUUGAUGUGAUGCAGGCAAUGGGAUCCUCUUUAUGCUCUGUACUUUCACAGGUGGAGGGGAUGAACUGCCUGGUCUCUCAAAUUGCUGAUGUUGCAGCAAAACAAAGAGCCAUGCUUGAUGAAUGUGAAACACUUGCGGCUUCAAUAGCUGCAAUGCAGGUGGAAGAAUACAGCCUUCGGACAUAUCUGUUACAGUUGCAACAAGCUUGGGAAGACGGUGAACUGCUGACGUUUGGGAAUUUUGACAAAAAUCCUGGAGUUAUCCAUACGUGACACACUAACUACUUGAGCUCUUCCUCGCAGACGACCACAACACGGCCUUGGGGCUUUAGUGAGUGUAUAUUGAUGUUUCUUUUGGUCACUUUUUAGGAUAAAGCUCUGUGUAAUGAGCCUUUUUGACAAAGGUUUUACCGAUCCCUCACAUGGAGUCGGUCCCACGUGGGUCUCGAUGCAAUAAAAAUGAAGAAAAAAAUUCUGACCCCAUCCUUUUGUGGGAACCCUGUAAGGGUUCCGUAAUGUAUUGGGCUGUACGCCCAGCCCUGCCCCAUUUUUUAAUAUAGUAUUAGCCAUAGUUAGAAUUUGUACGACCCUUGUCCACACCUGCUUUCGCGACUGCUCAAAUGUGUUGGUAUUUCCUUCAUUUCAUUGAAAUUAACAUUAAAGAACCUUGUAAUUGUAUAUACAACUGUUGCUUGU